AUGCGUAAGAGAGACACCGCUCAGUCCAAUCGAAGAGCAAUAGCCACCAACAGGACUAACACGCCCCUUCAUCGCGAGACAGCUCACCAACCAGGCCCUACACCGAAACCUAAAUACAUAUGCGAAUGCGCGAAUGCAGCAAAAAGAGUACAGACCCUCUGUUCCGUUCUAGCCAACAUACUAUCCCAUGACCCCAUCUGGAUAACGCACCCUCAAGAUCCGACCGAGCUCCCCCUCCGUCCUCCGAACCCACCCAUCGUAUUCCCGAACAAUGGUCCCCUAUCGCGCCUCGCACUCGCACGAGAAAAUUGCACCGAGGCGCCUGCCGUACCUGAAUCUCGGAGAUGGCAAGGAACCAAAUCCCGUUUUAGAAGUUUGACAAUCAAUUCUCGAUAUGAAUGCGGUGAGCAGCCUGGACCAAAACACCUCGUACUUUCUGCCAAGAUGCACUCUGGCCGCGAUUCUCAGUGUUGGUAUCGCUGGCGUGGGGGCCACCCGGUGCCUGAAGUGCAUUGCGCAUUGUAUCCGUACCACACUGCCAAAGCCCCCAACGUCACAUCCCGUACCCGUCCUGAGGCUCUCACCAACACCCUCACACACUCAGAUGUCAAACCCAUGGCCCUUUGCCUGGGCCCCAUUGAUGCCGCAGCCCUUCCCAAUGCUAUGCUUUCAAAGAGAAUAACGCUCCCUCAUGUCCCCAUAACCCAGAUCAUCAUGUUUCCUUAUGAUUUCCACCGUGCCAUGAGAACCGCCGCCCUCUCCCUCUUUUACGGGUAUCAUUCCGCCGCCAAUACCCAUGAACCCCCAGGGAGUGCUGACUGGCGGAACACUAACGAUGAACACGGCUGA